CAAUCGUUCAGUCCAUGAAACUGACGGAGACAUGAAAAUGAAAACAUGGCUGACAGAGUAACUCAAUUACAAGACGCUGUCAAUCAGCUUGCAGAACACUUCUGUAACAGCAUUGGUGUCCUUCAGCAAAGCGCCACACCAGCCAAGUUUCCUGGCUUUGAGAAGCAAGGAGUAACGCUUCAGCAGGAGCCUGGACCUGGUCCGCAAGAGGACUACACCCAGCUGUUUGCUCAACUCAUUGCUAGGACGGCCAAAGAUAUUGAUGUUCUAAUUGACUCGCUGCCGAGUGAAGAAUCAACUGUUGAACUUCAGCAAGCAUCCUUGAAGCACCUUGAGGUUGAGAAUCAGGAGGCAGCCCAUAAGCUCGGUGAGGUAGUACAGAGAGGCGAGGCACUCCUUGUGAGGAUACAGGAGGCACUUGGUGAUAUCGCCGAGGCUCAACUCAGAACACAGAGUGCAAAGACGGCUAAACAGACACAAGAAGCAACAGCCGUUAAGCAGGAAGAAGAGACGGUUGACACUGUACAAAGAUGAAACGCAGCGAGUAUAAAGAGAUCAU